AUGAGACACUCUGAACGUCUCGAUGCUAUCUUAAAAAAUUCCAACUGGCCUUUAGAAGCAUUUGAUACAAAUGGUGUUUAUCAACCAAUGAACAGUCAAAUGCUCACAUUAUUACCAACUAGACAAAAUCCGUAUGAUUAUUCUCUUGAUCCACCAUUAACAAAACAUGGAAAAAAUCAUGCCUAUCAUACAGGAGAAUUUUUUCGAACUUUAAAUUUAUUACCGACAAAAGUUUAUUCAUCACCAGCAAUGAGAUGCAUUCAAACAGCCGAUACUGUUUUAGAUGGUUUAGGUUUACGUUUAAAAAUACCAAUACGUUCUGAUCUAGCAUUACAUGAGCCAAGUCGGAAACAUUUACCAUUACAGCCUCCAGAUUAUUAUUAUAAAAAUGGUUUUAAUAUGGAUUUAAAAUAUCAACCAUUACUCUCUCCUUUGAACACAAAAAUAAUAAUGAGAGAAAAUCAUCUAAAUUAUUAUCGACGAAUGUAUAUGAUGCUAAAACGUAUAAUAACGAAAGUAAUGAGAAAUUCUGCAUUAAGUAAUUAUAACUCAGAAACAAUUUUGAUUAUAACACAUCGUCCAUGUGUCGCAAUCUUGGCAGCAAUGUUAAACAUUGACAAAAUCGAUAAUAAAUUAAAAUAUUUACGUGAUAUUGAAAAUAAAAAACGUCAAGAAAUUAAUUUUCUAAGUAUGGUCAUCGCUGAAUAUGAUCAUAAUCUGAGACAAUGGAAUUAUUUAGCAGAUUUUCCAGAAAAAAUUCCUGCAGUAUUAUCAAAAAAAACAAAUAUUAAACAAACUGAAGGCAUGCCAUUGAAACUAAGAAAUCAAAAUAGUGCACAAGCAAGUCUUGAAAACAAAAAAGUCGUACAAGAGUAA